UUUGCUGACACUGAAUGACUUGCAAACUGAGAGCUGGAGGACACGGGACACAAUCCCACCCAUUAGGAUGUAGGAGCAGCUGUCAGCGUGGACAGUGGGAUGAAAAUGGACUGAAGACAGCUCAAAAGACAAAGUCACUUGUUCUGUGAGGCGAGACAGCAGCCCAAAGGUCCACAUGGACAAGAAAGAAAAGAAUAAAGGAUCCAAGAAAUCCAACCAGGCACAGGAGGGUGAAAGCCAAGAGCCAGAGGAUUCAACAUGGAGAAUUGUCCUGGUUGGUAAAACCGGAGUUGGGAAAAGUGCCACAGGAAACACCCUCCUCGGGGACAAAAAGUUUGAGUCCAAACUGAGCCCACAGCCCGUCACUGUGGAAUGCAGGAAGGAGAGUCGGAAAUGGAAAGGACACGAGUUUGAACUUAUUGACACUGCCAACAUCUUCGAUCCAGAAAUCAGUAAGUUGGAUGCUUUCCCAGAGAUCGAAAACUGCUGCCAGCUCUGUGCACCGGGCCCCCACGCUCUGGUGCUGGUGACCCAGCUGGGCCGUUACACUAAAGAAGAUGAGGCAGCAGUGAAGGCAGUAAAGCAGAUUUUUGGUCGUAAAGCCAAAAAGUUCAUGAUUGUCUUAUUCACUCGGAAAGAAGACUUGGGCGACGGCUCCCUGGAGGAGUAUGUGACAAAGUCUAAAAACAAAGGUCUCCAGAAGCUGAUCAAAAGGUGUGGGAAACGGUACUGCGCUUUCAACAACAAAGAGACUGGAGGAGAGUGGGAGAACCAGGUGGAGGAGCUGAUGCAGCUGGUUGAUAAGGUGGUCAAGAAGCAUAAGGGCAAGCCCCUCAUAGAUGAGUCGAUUUCAGAAGGAGGCAUGCCUGACAAACUCACUGAAAAACAGUGAGCUCCUUCACGCAAAAAACUGCCAGAAAGAGGUGGUGGCUGAAAAGACCCUAAAAAUGUCAUAAUUUCUCAUUUCACUGCUCCCUUGAUUUGCUUCCUGCACAGCCUGUUGUGAAAAGCCUUUCCCUGACACACCACCAAGACUGCAUUGCUUCCUCUCCCCACCUUCACGAUGGCAGCGGGGUAGUGCAUGUAUGCCCGAACCCAGCAGGAUAGGCCAGACUUUUAAUGUGCGAGAACACUCAGUCUUACUAACUAGUUUAAUUGUUAACACUGAAUUACCAAAAAUAGUGGAGUGAUGCUCUAGCUGUGAUGGUGCACAAAUUAUGCAAGAGGCAAGGAGCUCUUAGGCUGAUCUCUUUUAUUGGAUCCACUAGGUAGACAAGCCUUUAAAUGCAAGACACUCCUCCUCAGGCAUCUGCACAGAGGCAGGUAGGCACAGCAAGGCACAGGCUUAAGAAGAUGUUGCUGUGUAGUCUGGCUUCUUUUUUUCUUUAGAUUGCAGAUUUUCCACCGUAAGCAGUGGAUUUUGAUAUCUUCUGUGCUGCGGUAGGGUAAGAGAUGUUACAGCUGAGAUGGUCCAGAAUGGAAACAUUAAACUGUGCUUGAAAGGUGAGUGACGUUGUACCUGCCACAUCAGCCAGACACAGUCAGAGGGAAGAAGAGACUCAUUAAACUGCAAACGUGAUACCGUUUCAUUUGGCAGCUUAUUCAGAGAGAGACAUUGACCAAGAGAGUGUCCUAGGGAAUAACGUCUGUCGGGGACAGGAUGGCAGUUCUCAAAUCUAAGGCAACCUGCGUUAUGGCAAGAGGGCACAACGAUGAAUGAUAUUUCUGAAGGUGUGAGCCUGGAGCAAAUGUGAAUUCCUGUAUGCAAAUACUCCCAGGACACCAGAAGUAGGAUGAUAACAGGAAUUAGCUGUCCCUUCAAAAACUCCUCCAGGACAGACAGGUCUGUGCAGCUGUAUCCUCUCUGCACAGCUCGCAGGAGAGAGAGAGAUUAAAGCUAGCAGGACUGUGACUGGCUGCCUCAUGUCAUACCUCUGGAUCGCCGUGCUGACAAAGCCUUUCUCGUUUCAAGGACAAGGGUUUCACUCCUUAGUGCAGCAUUCCCUUCCCUUCCCCAACUAGUUCUGACUUUUCUUUCUCUCCCUCUCUAUUCCCUAUAGACAAGAAUAAGCAAGCUCAGACUUAGGAUAAGCUUUAACAUUUUUU